AUGCUACUAACAGUUGGCAAGAAGCUAAUGGCAAAACAAGACCAAGGGUUUCGUGCCUUUACAGAGCACAGCUUUGAAAUGAGGGAAGUGGCAGGGGCUGUCUACGAUCGCAUGUGUGUUGAGACCUGGUUGGAACAGCAAAUGGAUCAAGGUCAGCUAUACUGUGACAUUGGUGUACUUGAUGCGCUCCAACGGGUUCAGAAGAAUGAAGCAUGGUUCCUCUUGAGGAGUGCCCUUUCAAAAGCCACUCAUGAGGCAGUGGAGGCAAUCAUCAAGAAGAUCAUUUCAAGUCUUGGUCGCCAACAUGAAUGUCUGUUGGAUGCAUUCUGUGUACCACAUGAUCUUGUGAGGAACUGGCCACUGGGUCAACCAGAUUAUUGCCAGAGGCUUCAUGAUCUUACAUACGAAGUAUCUCCACCUGGUCAAACUGAUCACUGCAAGAGGCUUGAUGAUCUCACAUUUGAAGUAUAG